CUCCUCUGUACGUUAAUCCUUUUAUUGUGUUGUGUUUGUGUCAAUAGUAUUUAGUACGUGAAACGUUAAAUUAAAAUAUUUCCAUUAAUAUCUUUUAAAAUCAUGUUAAAUUAGAUUUAAUUCUCAUCUAGAAAGAAACAUCAUAUCGGGGCACCAUGAAUUUAGACAUGAACAUCGCCGAAACCAUGAAGAACAUCGUUGCGAAGGGGAUUCAAACCGAGGUAAAUUCGCCGUUUUCUGGCACAGGAUACAUAACCGAAAAGCUGUAUAUGCUUUUGCAACUUUACCUCCAAAAUAAAGGAUGGAAUCCGUCGAUAGAAUUACUCCAGUGUUUCACCGAACUGAAAGAAACUUCCAUGUUACCCAGUGCUACAUACCUACAGAUGUUGGCAUCUAGAGUAGCGUUAGAUUCACAAGGACGUCUGAUUUUACGAGAAAAUGGUAAAAUAAUAUUGCCUUUCGAGCAUUUCGCUAAUGCUGUUAUGUUGAAACAUAUGAAUGGUCCUCAUGGACUACAUUUGAGUUUAGAAGCGACCGUACGAGCUGUAAUCGAUUCGUACACAAUUGGUCGUGAUAAUUUCGGUAUGGAGAAGGAAUUCAUCAUGGAAGUGGUACAGAAUUGCCCAAAUCCGGCGUGUCGGUUUUACAAAGCUCAAAUGGAUUUGACUCAGUCACAUAAUAAACCAACGUAUAUUCCUGAGGUUCAACCACCAGUUCCUGCUUCGACUUCUGUACCGAUUUCUGGGUCGCAUACGUCGCCAGUUUCCACAUCUGCCAGCGAUACAUUAACCACCAACAUGGCUCCUCCGUCGCAACCACCUCCAGUGGUCAACUCGACUCCAACAAUUUCUCCCUCUCGUCCUCCAUCUGUCGAUCUAACGCCUGUCUUCGAAUCUGCGGUCAGUAGCAAGAUGUCUCAGUCUAGUAGUGAAUCUCCUACGCCAACUAGCUCGACACCGAUACCUCCUCCUUCGCCGAAACCACCUCCAAAACCAUUAACGCCCCGGCAACAACAACAAAACAAGUUGGCUGAUUUCUUGAAGGCUAAUUUAGAAAAUCUGGAUAGUAUUUCUAGCGCUAAUAAUAAGGACGCUGCCAGUGAUGGAUCUUGGUCUGAUGAUGGUAAAAGACAGGAUGCUGGUCAAGAAAAAAUAAUCAGAGCGUUUUCCGAAAUCAUGAAGAAUAUGAGUCGAAUGAAAUCCUGCGUUCGUCCUGCUAUGUGUAAACCUUACGGUAAACAGUCCGAAGCCUUGCAGAAAACUGUCAUAGAUACGAUACAAUUAGUGCAAUCAUUGAGAUCCUUCCUGCCUCCUCCUCAUAUCGCUGUCAGUAGCUGGAAAAACGAAGAUAAGCAUAGCCGACUCGAAAGGAAAUCAAACUCUUCAGCCGGAGCUAACGCCAUGGUUAACGCAGCAGCUGCCGCAGCCGCAGUAAACGCCAACGCAAUGGUCAACUCGAAUAUGACCAACGUCGACGACGACUCAAUGAUACGUAACAACAAACCAUCCAGCAGAGAUUAAGAAAUCUCCACUUUUACAGAGAAAUACGUCACUCCCUUCUAGUCUCUUUUAUUUUACGUCUCGCUUUCUACUCUUCCUCUCCUUUAUGAAUCGACAUUCGAUAACAUAAAAAUCACCUAUUUUAUAAUUUCUAAAAUUAUUAUUUUACUGUAACGAUUCGCUACUGUAGCCAAAAAAAAAGCUCCGUAAACGGAAUUUGAAUUAAGCAAAAAUACGUAUUUUUAAUAAUUUAUUCGUAUGUAUAGUACCUUAUUACGUAAUAAUUUUAGUAGAAAAAAAAUACGCCCUCGGUGAAACUAAACGUACUUUUUGUAACGUUGUAAAGAUUUUUUAUAAGUAACCAAAGAUGUUUUGGUCCCCUUUUUUGAAAAGAUGACAUUUAAGAAACAAUCGUAUCGCGAAAGAAUCUCAGACUGAUUAAUUACUGACGACUUGAACUUUUGAUCGGUAUUGCAAAUCAACGAUGCAAUUUUUAUACAAGUUUAAUGAUUUUUGUUUCAAGGAGCAAACAUUUUUUUUAAAAAAAAUAUUUUACCAAUCGUAGAUCUGAUAUUCAUGUUUUAUUUGUUUUUUGAAAUUAUUUAACGUACUCGAGUGAUUUUGGUUAUUUUUUGAAUUUUCAUUUUUAUUGUUUUAACGCUGUCGCGUUUGUGCCAUCGAUUUUUCUUUUUUCUUUCGUUCUUUUUUUUUUUGGUUUAAUUUUCGUAUUGUUCCUUUUUUUUUUAAUAUUAGUUUUUUUUUCUGAGUUGAUUUGUAUUUUUAUGUUUUUUCGAUCGUGUUUUCUAGAUAUUGAUUCGAGUGGUGUUGUUGGUACCGAAGAAUACAUUUUGUUUCGUUUUGGCAACGUUGUUCGAUUUAAAAACGAAAGAUUUUCGUUUAAAAAAGACUGCUUUUCAAAUCGAAUGAUUCGUUCGUUCAAAUUAAAAUCGUUUUUUUAAUGAUGUAAACACACUCGCGAAUUUUACAACCAUUCGAGUGGAUUUCUGUUGGAAAAAAUGUAUCUUCUAAAAUCAGUACCAUCAACAUCGUUUCAAUCGUUAUCAACAGAAUACACGAUGCAAUAUUACAAGUAUCGAUUGACUCGACAGAUCCGUUCGAAGGGUUCACACAACCGAUUUAUCCUCUAGUGCCAUUCGUUGUGCCAUCAAAUAUCCUCAUUUUUAAAUCCCAUUCGCCAUUUCGAACGGAUCAAAUUAUCAGUUUAAUUUUGUAUAUUAUUAUGCGUUCUCGCUCAUUACGUUUAAUCCUCUCCAAGAGAUCUGCGUAGGCCCUUUUUAAGCUAAGAAAUAGCAAUUCGUUAUCCUCAAACGUUUUGCUCGUUGUUAUUAUUUUCAUUUAAUUUCUCUUCCUUUCUAUAUCCUCUUUCUUCUGGACGUCUCUUUCCACCGUUCUCCAAAAAAGGCAUUGUGAAUUCAACUGUGCCAGUUUAAAAUUCUCCAAGAGCAAUACCUUCGCUCAGUUGAUCCAUAUUAUGGGUAAUUGAGGUUCGGAUAUGUACCCUAGAAAUAAAUUACACUCUUCUCUAGUCAAUCGAAAACUCGCUGCCUGUUUUUUUCAUUCGUCACGAUUGAUAAUAAUAUUAAUGCUAAUUCUCUGUCUCAUUUUCCUGUUCUUUUCUCAGAUCUAGAACCCCGAAAAAAAUUACUAUUUUGUUCCUUAUUCUAUAUAAUAUUCAUUUUUUUUUCAAACUAACAUUUAACAUCGUGCCAUUAUUUUAAAAAAUAUAUUAUUUUUGUAAAA